AUGAUGAGCUCAUAUGAUCAAUAAAAAGAAAAACAUAUCAAGGAUAAUUUUAUCUAUCUUGAAGAAUAUGAAGUUUUUGCCCUUAAAUCUCUAUUUAAAGAACCAAUAAGACCUAUGAAUAACCACUUUUUGCUGGCAUUAAAAGAUAGAGAUGAAACUUGCUUAUUUUUCCUCAAAAAAGAUUUUACACUAGUUAAUAAAGCAGAUUAUGAAAAAAUAAAAUUUAGAUUUUUGGAGAAACUCGAUUAGAGAUAUGCAAUUGAUUAAACCAACAAUUUGUAUAUUAUUCCACCUACAAAGACAAAAAAACCAAUAGUUUAAAAAAUAGUUUAAUUGAAAUUUGAUGAUCAAAACUCAAUAAAUGAUGCAAUAAGCAUAUAUUCUAAAAAUUACAAGUUUUAUUAAACUAAGGAACUUUAAUUUGAUGGAAUUUAAUUAAAGGAUUUCGCAGAUUCAAGCGUUAUAGAAGAAUAUUUCCCCUUUUAUGUUUAAAAAUUCAAUAAUGAUUAGAUUGAAGAAUGCUAUCAUCUAGUUUAGUUCAAUGAAAAGGAGAAAGCAAAUAAAAUCUUGAAAAUAUAAAAGUUACAUUUAAGCAAUUUUAGUCAAAUGACUUGGGAUGAUGCAAAAAGUAUAGAUGAUAUUGAACAAUUUCAGCUAAAAAUUAAUUUAAAAUUAGAGAAUUUGAGAAAAGAUGAUAGAUUUGAAAGACUAAUUGAUAAAGACACUGUGCUUUUAAAAAUUGGAGGAUCAAUCAAACUUUCAGAAAUAUUCAAUAACCAAUACUCCUAUGGAGUAUUUUUGAUAGAUGAAAUUAAUGAUUGA